AUGCCCGCAACCAUCACCCAGACUUCCUUCCCAUCCUCUCCGUCCCUCGCAUCGCUCGCGAGCACCUCCACCGCCGUCUCCACCACCCCACUUCGCCGCGGCUCAAAACCGAAGGACUACGAGUUCGCGUUCGGCACCCUCCAAUCGCAGUACGGCCUCGCGUCCCCGACGCCCUCCCCUCCCACGCCGUGCCGCUCAAAAUCCCCCUCGUGGCUGAAGCGCGCGCUCGGUGCGCCGUCGCAGUCGAGCCCCGCGCGCAAAUCGAAGCCCGCGCCGCCACCGAUGACGGAGGAGGAGCGGAGGAAGGACGUGGCGCGGCGGGCGCGCGAGGCCGAGUUCGCGAAGUUCACGGCUAAGUACGGGUUCAGCGGCGGGGCGUGA